AUGUCCGGCAAGUCAACUCAACGGCUCGUUGGGAGCCUUUUGAACGUGCUGGAAGUCCACUCCAGCAAACUUUUUCGUGGGAAAGGAGGAAAAGCCAGACAUAUUUGUCCUGGUGGACUCCUGACGUUGAGGAGGGCCAGCCUGCCGCAGUGUUCUUCUUCCCCUAUUAACACCCCGUAUCGCAGCUUCAUCAACUUGGCCGUGCCCGUCCCACGUCGUAGAACAGAGUACGCCGAGAGCCGGACCUUAGGAUACACGCCUGAGCAGAUGUUUAACGUUGUUUCCAACGUGGAGCAAUACCAGCACUUUGUGCCCUGGUGUAAGAGUUCCCGGGUCAUCGGGGGCGAGGGCGGCGACCUCCGGGCCGAGCUGGAGGUUGGCUUCCCUCCCGUGGUGGAGCGCUACACUUCCCAUGUUACAUUUGUUCCUAACCACCAAGUCAGAGCCGUGUGUACAGACGGAUCCCUCUUCAACCAUCUUGAGACCAUCUGGAGGUUCGAGCCUGGACCUAAAGACGCAUCGCACUCCUGCAAAGUGCAUUUUCACGUGUCCUUUGAGUUCAAGUCGCUGCUUCAUUCUCGGCUAGCCGGGCUCUUCUUUGACGAGGUGGUCAAGCAGAUGGUCAGCGCUUUUGAGUUACGGGCGGUCGCGCUGUAUGGGCACCCGCGGGAGGCCGCCACGAGGAGACGCUCCACGUGA